AUGUUACCCCAAAGAGCCGUCCCCAUCGUCGUCGGAGUGGGUGACAUCAAGAACCGGUCUCAGAAAGUAGAAGAUGCCAUCGAACCGAUGAAACUGAUGCUCCAAGCAACUCGAGCCGCCAUUCAAGAUACCGGUCUCUCGCCAAGGAAGUCUUCAGAACUGCAGUCGGGGAUUGACAGCGUGGGCGUGGUCAACACCUGGACCUGGAGCUACGCAGAUCUUCCCGGGCUGAUAUCGGAGCAUCUGGGUGUCAGACCGAGGUAUACGACUCUCAGCCACCAUGGUGGAGACUCUCCCGCCAUGCUGCUCGAUGAAGCGGCGAGGAGGAUCUCGUUCCGGGAGUGUAGAGUCGCCGUGAUAACUGGUGGUGAAGCUCUGGCUUCACGACAGUCUCCUCCAGGAUGGACACCUCCGGAGAAGAGUGGAAAGUCGUUGUCGGCAGGGGACAUCUCGAGGAUGCCGGAAAGCAUUGGAACUCUCCACUCCAUUGGGCUACCUAUCCAUGUAUACCCCUUGUAUGAGAACGGCUUGAGAGCUCAUAGAGGGCAGUCUCUACAGGGUAAUAACAAGGAGUCGGCUGAGUUGUAUGCGGACUUUGCAAAGGUUGCCGAGAAGAACCCCCUAUCCUGGAAUUAUGGUCAGCCGGCAGCAACCGAAGCUUCCAUCGGGAUCGUGUCGAAGAAGAAUCGAAUGAUUUGCUUCCCUUACCCGCUGUUGAUGAAUGCAUUUAACAAUAUAAAUUUGGCCGGGUCAUGCAUUCUGACCUCGACCGAGUACGCUUAUGAACUAGGGAUUUCUGAGAGUAAAUGGAUCUAUCCGUUGGGAGGAGCAGGGUCCAGUGAUGCCGAAAAUUUUUGGGAACGUCCGAACUUCUACUCGAGCCCAGCCAUCUCGAGGUCACUUGACGAGGGGCUGCGCGUGUCGGGUGUAACAAAAGACGAGAUUGAUCUUUUUGAUUUCUACUCGUGCUUCCCAAUCGUGCCAAAAUUGGCAUGUCGACAUCUUGGAUUUCCUCUGACGAAGCAAUCGAAACCGAUCACGCUGUUAGGAGGAUUGACGUCUUUUGGAGGGGCUGGAAACAAUUACUCUAUGCAUGCAAUCACCGAGAUGGUACGAGUACUGAGAGAGGGCGAGAGCAAACGAGGAUUGGUCCUUGCGAACGGAGGUUUGGUGACAUAUCAAUACGUCGUAUGUCUCUCCUCACAGCCUCGGACUUCGCCAUAUCCGAAUCGCAACCCACUUCCUGAAGUUUUGGAACACGGAUAUGUACCGGCUCUAGAUGACAGAGCGGAAGGAGAAGCUGUCAUCGAGACAUACACCGUCGAGUUUGAGCGGGAUGGUUCCCCGUUGCGUGGACAUGCCGUCGGAAGAUUGAAAAGCAAUGGCCAUCGAUUCCUUGCUAAUCACGGCGAUGACAGUACUCUACAGCAGUUGUCGAGCGGUUCCACGGAGCCGAUUGGGAGAUGCGGAUGGGUGCAUGUUGGCGAAGAAGGGAGAAACUUAUUCACUUUUGAUCCGGUUGGAAAGCUGUGA